AAUGCACUCAUUAAUGUGUUGGCAUUGACGCCACACGGGUUGGGCUGGAUAGCGAAUUUUGGCGACAUCAGCGCCAUGACAGUUCCAUGGGCCCGAAGUCGAAAGGACAGUACAGGCAAGAGUGACUCCGAAGCUACAGACAAAGAGAACAAGAAGGAGAGAGGUAGAGAGAAAGAACGGAAAAAACGAGCGGCUUCUUCUUCCAGUAGUGGGUCUAGCUCAUCAGAUAGCAGUUCUGGAUCUUCGAGCUCUAGCAGUGGCAGUAGUUCCAGAUCAAGCUCUUCUUCCAGUAGUUCAUCCAGUAGUUCACCUAGCUCUUCAGCCAGUUCUAGAGAUCGAGGAAGAAAAAGAAGUCGUAGCAAAAGCGCUGAUGCUUCACGCAGACAUGACAAUAAGGAAAAGGAAAGAGAAAAGGAAAGAGAAAGGGAAAGGGAUAGAGACAAGGACAGAGACCGUGAUAAGGAAAGGAAGAAGGGAAACAAUACUGUUCCUGAAAAAGCGAAACAAAAACGAUCCAGAUCUCCUUCUCCUCGUAGGAAGCGUAGGGAGCGUUCACCGAUUCCUAGACCAACAAAAAUACAUAUUGGUCAUCUAACACGGAAUGUUACUAAAGAUCAUGUCAUGGAGAUAUUUUCGACAUAUGGUCAAAUAAAGAUGGUCGACUUUGCAUUGGAUAAGCUUCAUCCGAAUCAAGGAAGAGGAUUUGCUUAUGUCGAAUUUGAAACUGCAGAUGAAGCCGAAAAUGCCAUGAAACAUAUGGAUGGAGGACAAAUAGAUGGACAAGAAAUUACGGCUGCUCCAGUCUUAUUACCGAAGCCGCGACCGUUACCAAUGCGACGCAUGUCCCCGGGUAUGGGAAGACGCGCACCACCACGAUGGGGAGGUGGUGGUAGAAACACACCGCCACGUUAUCGCAGACGUUCACCGCUUAUGAAUCGUCGUAGAAGUCCAAGACCACGGCGUAGAAUAAGAACUCGAUCACGAAGUCCACCAGGAAAUCCACGACAUCGACAUCGUCGUUACACAAGGUCCAGUUCGAGUAGUUCUCGAUAACAGUUUUUAUCGCGAUGUGUAUAUAUAUAUAAGAGAUAUUGAACUGAACGUGAUCAACAUUGUCGUAUAGUUGAAUUAUUGCACUUCAAAAAACUAAUGUGUAACAAUUUCGUUUUAAUAAUGAUAAGAUACGUUUGCUAAUGAAGAUCAUAAACUUGUUUAUAAAUAUCAUAAUAGUUUUAUGUUUCGAAAAGCACACUUUUGAAAUAUACUAAUUUUGCAACAUG